AGCCAUUUACUCUUUGUAGGUAGUUAAUCGUAACCGUACAUUAAAUGUUGAGUUGAACACCAUCCCGUAGUCAGUUUGCAUUAGUCAAGCAUUGUGUUGUGAAUACCUGUAUAUAAAAUUUUUCAUUCAUCUCGAAUUAAUAUUUGGAAUAUUAGAAUAAAUUGAGAACAGCAUGAAGAUUUGGACUUCGGAGCAUACAUUCAAUCAUCCUUGGGAAACGGUAGCACAAGCAGCCUGGAGGAAAUAUCCAAAUCCAAUGAAUCCAGCUGUGAUUGGAACAGACGUUGUAGAAAGAAAAGUUGUUGAUGGUAUUUUACAUACACAUAGACUUGUCAGUUCGAAAUGGGGUUUUCCUAGAUGGGUUUCAGCUAUAAUCGGUACUGCCAAAAUAUGUUAUGCAAGUGAACGUAGUGAAGUGGAUCCAAAUGCUCGACAAAUGACAUUAAAAACAAUAAAUUUAACAUUUGGACGAUUUAUAGCUGUCGAUGAAACAGUCAAAUAUUUACCACAUCCAAACGAUCCAAAUAAAACAUUAUUACGACAAGAAGCUGUUGUAACUGUUGAAGGUGUCCCAUUAAAUCAUUACAUGGAGGAUUUAUUAACGAAUAAAAUUUCAUUAAAUGCUGGAAAAGGUCGUCAAGCAAUGGAAUGGGUGAUUUCAAAAAUCAAUUCAGAAGUAACAGAACUUGCAACGUCCGCUGUAAAAACAUACAUAUAAUUAAAACGAGUAAGAAAAUAAUGCCAACUCUGAGAAUAUUCGAAUUCCUCUGAUAAGGACCACUCCACCAAUUUCAACUGACGGUAUAAGAGAUCACGACGCGUUCAAGACUGCAUGAUAUUUUGUUUUUGCGUGAUAAUACUAAUAAGUCAUAAAUUCCACAUACUAAUAAUAACCAUCCAAAGAAUUGAAUUCUUUACUUAUAUUACAGUGUUUAUUGAAUUGUCUGUGAAAAUAAUUUACAGGAAUGAUUUUUUAGAUUAUUUCAUACCGAAAUAUUUGAAAGACGUGAAAAGUACGGAAAAAUACUGCUAAAGUGGAAUGAAUACUGAGGAUCACAUAAGAUUAAAAGUUUUAUUUAUUAGCUUUAAUACUUUACUUGUAGAGUAAAACCCUUAUCAGUAAUUGAAUACUGCCAUAUUAUAUCAGAAAAGACAGUAGAGCAGAUUAAAAUUUUGAUAAUUAUUAACUAUUUAAUAGAAUUUAAAGGAUUGCAUUUUAUCAAAAUUGACUGCUCUCUUGAAUGCGGCUAUACAUUUACUUAAACCUCGGUGAUCAAUCAAUUGGCUUACGAUAAGGGUCACACAUAGGUAAAUCUAACCCAAAAUAUCCUCAAAGAUCACUUCGGAUAGAAAAACGAAUAUAAUAUUGAAAUUAUGCAUACUUAAGAUAUUAACGAAUAUAGAUGAAAUCUUGGCUAAAAAUUCACUUUGAUUUAAAAUUUGCUAAAAACAAAUCGUGUUGAAAUAGUCUCAGGUAUACAAUUCCUUGAAUUUAGUUCUAUAUAUCAAAGAAAAAAAAAUCUAGACUAAAACGGAAUGAUUAUAAAACUUAAACAUCAUUUGGUUUUUAAAUUAUCUCCCAAAAUCACGCAUGCGUUCAGAGUUCUUACUGGUUUGUAUAUGUGUGCAAAUAUUAACUGUAGAUAUUCCAAUCAGGACUUUGUUCUUCGCAGUUUAAAGAGAUGCCAAACGAUGUUAAAUGUUAAAGCGAAUUAUAUAAGCUUGUGAAAGUAUUUACCAUGAUAGUAAAUGCUUUUCACGCUAGUAAGUAGUUCGGGAGCGUCUUUCCUGCUGAUGUUUCCAUCCAAAGUAAUGGUGGCGCUUUCGUAUCGGCCGUUUUUCUUUAUGUAUUACAGUAUAUGCAUUCUGUUUAAAUGCAUAUAAAAGUAAAGUUGGCCGCCAUUAAGAUAACUGAAAACCGUGAAAAACAAAGACCAGUUAAAACAUGUGUGUUUUUACAAUGAUUAUCCGUUCAUCAUAAAUAAUUUUUGUGGAAUCUGACACGAUGAUUUAAUUGGUUUCAUCAUCACUCAGGUACAAAUAAUUAAAAUAAUUGAAUGUGUUAAUUUAUAAAUACGUGUGAGAUUAUGAUAGAUAACCUUUAUUGUUAAGUAAUUUAAAUUAUAGUUCAAGAACUGACAACGAAUUCGUAUGAAAUUAUUAAAAAACG